AUGGCUGGAACAAAUACAAACAAGGAUACUUCCGAGCGGUCGGAAAAGUAUCUUCUAGGUGAGAAGAUGGUGGUGGAGUUCCUGGGCAAACCAUACCAACUAGGCAGAAGUGACAUCUUCUCCGAGACUCUGAGAGAGUACACGUUCGAGCAUACGCUGUCAAGCUAUGCCAGACCUGGUCUCACUUUCAGGGAGCGAAAUUUGUUAAACAUUGCAUUGUUCAUAGCAACGAAUCGUGAACAUGAAUUACGGAUCAAUCUACUAUCAACCGAACGUAACGGGCUCUCGAAGGAGGAUACUGCCGAGGCGAUACGCCAUUGCAUGCUUUACACUGGUAUGGCUGCGGGGAGAGAUGCCUUUUUGGUCGCCAGCGAACUACUGGGAGAGAAGUAG